UAGUAGACGCUCUCUACCAGCUGAUCUGUCAUUUCAGAGAUCCACGGGCUUCAGAGCAGGAACUUCUUUGUUUUAAGUGAAGAGUUUUUUUUGUGUCGAAUUCUAAUCAUGUCUUCGAUCAUCAGGAAGAUAAUGAACACCACUAAAGCGCCAGCAGCUAUCGGGCCGUACAGCCAGGCGGUGGUGGUGGACAGGACCAUGUACGUGUCAGGCCAGCUGGGGAUGGACCCUGCCUCUGGUCAGCUGGUGGAGGGAGGGGUCCAGGCUCAGACCAAACAGGCUCUGGUAAACAUGGGGGAGAUCCUGAAGGAAGCAGGGUGUGGAUAUGACAGUGUCGUGAAAACCACGGUUCUUUUGGCUGAUAUGAAUGACUUCGUCAGUGUGAAUGAUGUCUAUAAAACAUUUUUCAGCAGUAGCUUCCCAGCUAGGGCUGCCUACCAGGUCGCUGCUCUGCCCAGGGGUGGGCUUGUAGAGAUUGAAGCUGUUGCUGUUCUGGGCCCUCUGACUGAGGUCUCUUGAUGUAGCCUAAACGUCAGCGACAGAACAGGAAAAAUCAACAACCCCCUCAUGUCCCAUAAAAUGACGUGCCAUCACAAUACCAGCGUAUAGUGAAUCAUUUCCAUUGGUUAUUAAGAUGGUCCAAUAAAACAUCACUUCCUGUUUAAAAAUAAAGUCAAAACAAAUGAAUAGAAUGUAUGCAGCUAUUUUCCAAAUGAUUUAAAGCACUGAGUGAGUUUAUUGGUGAAUAAAUCUGUAGAAGACUGUU